AUGGAUGAAGAUAAACAAGAUUUGAAAAAGCAAAUGAUUACAAAGACAAAUGGAUCGGAGUCUAAUGAGAAUUUUUAUCUUGAGAAUCAUAUUGAAAGCUUAAGAAAAGAGGCUGAACAACUAAAUUUAAAACUAGAAGAAAUCAAUAAUUAUAGUGCCACAAGAGGAUCACAAGAAAAAUUACAAACUUAUGAUACGAACGUUCAGUCGGCCAAUGUAUCAGAAACAAUCGAAUCACCGCUAUUACAGAAAGAUAGAAGUCAUUUACGAUCUAUUAUUAGUAAUUCAAGAAAUAGCUUAAGACAGCAAAACGUUGACAAUUCAGUACUGUCUCAUUUACUUCUCAAACUUAUGAGUCCAUUAAUACUAGAUUUAAAUGAAAGUGAACUUGAUUCAACUGAAGCAGAGAACGAAAUAAAUUCAGAAGAUGAAAAAAUGGCAGGAGUCAUUGGUGCUAGUACAACACCAAGAAUUAGUCAAAAAAUACAUCUCUCCAAUAACAUUGUCCACUGGCUUCGAGGUCCCUUUAAAGUAAUGGUUGAUGGUACAUUGCAUAUGGUCGAUGUAUUUGCACGAGGAUCACAUGUCAGUGACGAUAUUUUGCAAGCUGUGAGGAAAGGAAUAGCCAGACAAAAACAAAUGGAAAUGAAACACCAAACUACCAAUAAUUCACUUAAGCCAGCGUUUGCCGAAAUUACAUCAGAUUGGACACUCGAAGGUCAGAAUCCUGAUCAAGGUUUCAGUAAUGUAUCCAUAUGGAUGCGUGAUCCUCAAGGACAACGAAUUUUAGUCAAAAUACAAGAGCAUCCAUUAUGUGCUGCCAAUGAAUGGUUAGCCUAUAUUUUGGGAAUGACACUUGGUUUAUCUGUUAAUGAAGCACAAAUUUCAGUGUAUAAAAAUGAUUUGGUAACUUUACAUAGUGAUAUUGCUAAUGAAAAUGAAAAAACUAUCACAUUCAUGGAACUACCAAAGCAAAGAAGAAAAACACUAUUGACUGAUCCAACAAUCGAAUCUAUGGAUCUACUCGAUCAUAUAAUAGAGAAUGUAGAUCGUAAUCCACGAAAUAUUUUAAUUACAAUGCCGAAGAAUGCUCCUAUUGACGAUGAUACUGCAAACUUGAAGAUGCAUCUUAUCGAUCACACUUCUUGCUUUGGUAUGGGUAAAUUGAAUAUCAUUAGCCUUGUGGCUUGCAAGUUGCAUAGUCCUCAUCUGGCAGUGGUUAAGUUUGAUCCGAUAGAAAAAGCAAAAAAAUUCGCACAAUAUCUCAGCAAACUGCCAGUAGCUGAUCGUAUUUUAAUGAAAAAAACACUGAACCGUUUUGCAGCAAUUACCGAUGAACAAUUUGAUAAUUGGUAG